AUGUCUGUCACUUCUCAACCCUUAGCAUCACCAGCUCUCUCUGUGCCAGCUCAUCAGAAUGAAGAUAAGAAUCAAAACAACAUCAUCUCAGCUCAAUUAUCAACAUCUUUACUGUGGGAAGUAUGUACUGAAACAUCUCAAGUUUCUUCUACAGAAACACCAUGUUUAUCAUCCCAAAAUGUACCGUGGAUCGUUCAUGAGACUCGAAGUGCCAUAGUUUUGGAUAACAGAAUGCAAGUGAAUGUAAUUGACGACAAGGAAUUGAAUCAAAACAUGCAGACAACUAUUCAUUCGAAUAAAAAGGUCCAGACAAUAGCACUAAGUGCUUCUGGAAUAGUUCUCGCAAUUGUAGAUGUUACAGCGAUGGUUUCUCUCUACAAUAGCAACGGGACACUUUUGCUCGAAUACCAACUUGAUCUUGAUGUCUCCGAUACAGUUGUCUCGAUGAAUUUAAUGUCAUUACACUAUAGCGAAAGCUCAAGUGAGAUUUUUAAACUAGUGAUAGUAUCAAAGCAUGGAAUUUUAUUGGAAUUGGGUGAUUUUCGACUUACUGAGCUCGAACUAUUAGCAGCAGAGAAGCUUCAAAACGGUCGAAAAGAGAUUCUUGAUACACUUUGCUGUAAUCGAAUAAGUGCAGAUUGUCUUAAGGAUGGUGCGCCAUCGUGUAUACUGGUACAUCAAUUUCAGUCGGUAAAUUAUGUAAUUUUAGGAAACCAUGGAGGAUUUAUAAGCGUGUGGAAAUCGAAAGAAUGUGAGAGGAACUUUGAGAAAGUUGCAGUAAGUUUUAAGUCAGGUAUUGUUGACGCCAUGGACUUUGAUACGAACUACAGCACACUUGUGAUUCUUUGUGACGGAAAAUUGUCGUGGUGGCACUGGCGUGACAGUCUGACCGAGUUGUUCGAGGCAAAUAUUACUCGGAUCGUAAGCUUUGCUAUUCUUAAAGGUUGUGGAGAGAACAAACACGAGGAGAUAUCACGACUUGCUGUUGCAAGAUCGUAUCAAGAUGGCAAAUUCAUGCCGUCGUUUGAAUUAUUAGAGAUCUUGCACAAGGAAUCUGCAAAUGUUCAAGCGAGUGUUGUUUCGAAAUUCAAGUCAAUCAUCAAUUUAAAAACUCCAGCUACAUAUUUAAACGUAGCACUGUUUGCAAGUAAGAAUUCGAGUACUCAAGCGUUUGCAGCUUGUCGAACCGAUCGUGGUAUCUCUAUGUUCAUGUUGACCGAAGAAAGUGAUAUAUCGUCAAAUAUUACAAGUGAAAGUUUUGUCAGCGAAGAUAAAGACAUGAUUUACGACCAAGAUGCUGUGUCGAUUGCUGAGUCUUUGGCGAGUACACCAAUUUCGUUUCUCUUGCAGGAGCAAAAUAUGAAGCAGAUUCAGGCAAAUCUUAACAUCUGUAUGAGUUGUAUUGGCGAAAGUGACGAAGAUUCUCGUGUCAUUCUUAACAACUUGUUAGCAGUAGCAGCGAAAAUUCGCGAACAUUUAAGCUCGUCACCAUGUUUUUCCCUCGAUCUAACAUUGUUAUCGCGUUGGUGUGACGAAAUUAGUGAGUUGUCGUACAAAUGGACAACAUUCCAGCUACUAUAUGAUAUAAGUACAGAAUCAUAUGGUAUGACUCGAUUUGAAAAGUGGCAACAAUUUCAAGUCAAGGCAGUGAGUGACAUCAUGCUUACAUAUAUUGAAAUGGGUUGCAUGAGGGCUGUAAGGAUAUUAUGGGAUCGUCACGUUGAUGAGGUCAUCAUACGUAAUAUUGGAAUACUGCUAGAACACUUGCCACCGUCCCUUCCACUUUCAGCAUUUGCACCAUGGAUUCAAUCUAGAGUUUUACCAAGUCUUUUGACUUAUCUAGAGCAAAGUCAGAUUGUCAAAGCAGUGGACAGUACAGAAGCAAGAAGAGAAGAUUUGCUCGCUAAUGUGGUGAUGUGGAUUCUUAAAAGAGCGGAAGCUGCAGCUGCACAAAGUGACAUUGACACUGCCAUUGGUAUUUGCAAUUUGCUCAGAAGUUUGGAUGCAGAAAUUGCAAUGGAUGUUGCGGUGGUGUAUCCGAAUGGGUCCAAAAGUCAAACGUUAAGUAAAUUGAACGACCCAGCGCAGAGCGCUGAAGCAUCAUGGGAGUUAAACCUAUCUGAACGUCUGGAGCAGCUGUAUGAUAAGUUACGACACGUUCAAUAUCUUGCGGUGGAGCAUCAUUUUGUCAUUUCUUUUCCUGUUUUUGAAGGUGAGACACCUGCGACGAUUGCGAUGAGUAUGAUGGACCGAGGAUUAGAUGCAGAUUCACUCAAAACGGAAGUAAACGAGCAUGUGCAAAAGUAUUUGCGGGCUUAUAACGUUGAUGUCGAUUUGGUCUUAUACGAAUACGUCACGGAGCUUGCAGAAUCUAUUUCGACUUGCGAUUCUACCGGAGAAAGCAGAGUUUUAGUGUUGCUUGAUGAGAUUCAAAAUGAAAAUUUACGAGUUGAUGCGACAUUAGCGAUACUACGAUCAGUUAUCCCUCCAUAUUCGGACACACUUAAAAACUACGUCACUCAUUGCACUCGAUGGGAAACGGAGCGUGUUCAUGAGAUCAAAGAGCGUGUACGUUUGAUGAAAAUUCAGGAUAUGCUCACGAAGUAUAACAUUAAGCGUUAUGAUUCGACCGACACAAAGAGUGCGUCACGAUAUAUGUCACAUAUUCUGACUCAUGUGUCAAUGCCCACUGCUUUCAAAGAUGCGAUGCUAUUGAUCGAUGCACAUUCUGGUCUGCGCUGUGAUAGAGCGGCAGUUCUCUUUACCGAGAAUUUGUUUUAUAUCGCUGAAGAAACAUCGAGUGAUCGAAUAUCGAAUGAGGUUUCCAUCAGGGUGGCGAGCGCAAUGGAAGCAUUUGCUGAAGUGAAGAAGCGAAUAGAUUUGUCUAUGUUGCACGCGUCUUUGCUGGAAGAAGUUGUAGAAUUUGGUGUGAUGUUGCUGGAGGUGGAGGCUGAAGAGAUGGAGCAAGCAUAUGAUAAAAGUACGAAUAAGCCGCAAUCUUUCGUUCUUUGUAUGCUUAGGUCUCUUGUUGAAGCGUUUGUAUCCGAGCUCAAGUCAUUGUUGAGAUUUGCGUCUACGGACUCGAUCAGAGAUUACGUCGAGAGUUCAGAGUAUUUGCUGUCUGAUGCGUUACUGACAGAUCUCAACACAAUCUGCUACAUUGAGGCCGAAUUUGGACUUUUACUUUCAAUCUCGGCUUUACGUGAUCCAAAAGUUUGCAAGAAAAAGUUAAAGAAUCUGAUAAAACCUGACGUUUUGUUCCGUGGAAAUGAUGAGUUGAAAAGUACAAAUGAUUGCGUUGUGGAUGCGACGGGCUCGGUGAGAGGCAAAGGAAAGAAACGAGCUGCAGUAUUGACUCAACUCAGUAAUGCUGAAAAGAGACAACGAAAUAGUCAAUCUAUUGAACAUCAACCGUCAUGUUUUACAGACUUAAAAUUGCGUCCCAAUCGCGCGCUACAGCAAGACGACGAGAAAAUUCGGCUUAGUUUUAAUUUGAAUCGAUUCGCUUCUGCUGUGGGCAUUGAUGCCGAAAAGUGUCGAGUUUUAAUCGCUCAAGUGGCGGUCGAAUGUGGCUUUAUCUUGCAAGCAGUACAUUGGACUCGGGGAUUAUUUAUCAAAAAACUCAGUGGCCGAAGCAACAGCUCCAUCUUAUCAAAUAGUUCAAAACAUACUGUUUUUUCAAGCAAGAUGAAUCUCGCCAAGACAUUGAAAAAAUUUGUGCUUUCUCUUUUGUCGUACUCGUCAAGUGACGGGAUCUAUGGUGAGGUGAUUCCACAUAAUCAGUCACAUAUUCAAGUUGAUUUAGCACAGGCUCAAGCUCUGACAUACGCGUUAGAAUUGUUGAGCUUUGCGCUCUGCACGUGCGACAAGGAAGACCUAGACGAGCUGCUGCUUCUAUUCAAGAUGACGAGUCAUGUGAAUGAGGCACUGCAGCUUACACAACACAAUGAUUCAAAAACAAAGAUAAAUGAAGGAUGGUGGAAGUUAUACCCACGCUGGUAUCGAGGAGAUGCGUGUGCUUUGACUAGCUACAAGACAAUGAAGCUAAUGAAGAAGUUUGCGAUGACUGAAUACGAUAAUAUUAGGCGCAAAGGCCAAGAUAAAGAUUUGAUUGCAUUUAAGCACUAUGUAUCCUUUCUUGUCGAACAGCGAGCGGAUCUGCUUAGUUUGCAGGCUUUGAUGUCCAUGCCUGAACUGGAUGAGGAAGCAGCGAUCGUUGCAAAUAACCAAAUGAUCAAACUCUUGCUAAGCGUUUUUCAGUCACAGGAAAUCGACAACCACCUGGCGCUGGGACUGAUGCUCUCAAUGAAACAAGAGGAUGCUUUUCAUGCCUUUCGAAAGCAAAUCUCGCGCGAAAAUGUGGCAAAAGACUUUCAACGUUUUCAGCACCUUGCAUUAAUUGGUGCAGAUGCUGCUAGAGCGUGGCAGCAGAUUGCAUUUUUACACCAGUGUGUGGAAUUGGAAGAAAAUGCAAGAUGGUGGCAUUACCUCACUCUUCUCGGCAUUGAAUGCGACCACAAAGCUUUUCAUAGUAAACGUCGUAACUUGGCGUACAUUCGCCGCCUCGUACCACAGCUACUCACUCGAAGCUCAUACGAUUUUUACACGGUAUUAGAGUUUACGCGUUACUACCAAAUUGACGACAGCUUUACAGCUCUAGUAUAUGUACAAGUGCUGUUAGUGGAGCCAUCUGCUACUACAAAUUUAGAAUACCAAGACAAAAUUGCAGGCGUGCUUUCUGACAUUCAUGAGCAGCAUUUGAUCAAAAUGUUACUGAAAAGUAUUGGCAAGAUUUCGGGUCACGAUUACGACCGGCUCCUAUUUGCAUUUCGACUGUUGCUAGAGAAAACGACUUACUGUGAACGGAAAGAGGUCACGCGACGAAUGGAGAUUUUGCGCAUUUUGAAGGAGUUUGCUGCAUUUUCAAGUCGGAAUAUCCAACCGCUUAAUAAACACGUGAUUCGAGAUAGUAAGCGUCUUAGUCACGAUGUUUCAUUUCAUGAGCUGAUGGCUAAACCUCGUGAAGUGCUAUCUCGACUAGUUAGCAGAGAAAAUUUUGAGUCUUUGAUUCAACUCGCAGAACCUCUCCAAUUACAACGAAACGAAUUACUGAUGUUGCUUUUGAAGAAUAUGAUAGAUACACAUCUCAAGUGUACAUCAACGAUAGAAAGAGACAGAUGCACCACAAUGAUCGCUUUUGGUGCUUUCGAAGGAAUACUGCAAGGCUUAAGCGACAUUGAGAGUCGAGUAACUGCUGCCGAGUGGCUUGCCGAGAAUUUUCCGUUAGGUGACGAGAAGCUAAAAGCACUCAAUUUUGCAUUGAAAGCGGCUGAAUCAAGUCAAGAGGAAUUUGAAAGUCUGACCAAUACCUCAUUUACUGGGCGUGAAGCUUUGACGCGUCUGGAAGCCAAAGUGCUCAAAGUUAAAGUGGAAAUGCUUCUCCGCAAGGCAAAAUUGCAAACGUCUAAUGGGGCAGAAGUGAACAAUGUCCAAGUGCAAACUAAUCAGCUCGUCGCAUUAGUGUCAGAGCCUGAAAAACUGUUCCGAGAACUGUAUAAACGGUGUGCUUUGGAGUGUUUCGAUGAAAAAAAUGAUGUGCUCGAUGCAUUGGCUUCUAAUAUAGGAAAUUUGCUUCACUUGCCUCAAGCGAAGAUCCGCCUUGACUUGGUUCGUGAAUGGCUUGUUACAGACGCAGUGCAUUUUGACAAGGUCGUAACAAGCCAGGAAGAUCCGUUUGAGCACGUUCAAGAAGAGAAACUGCACAAGAUUGAUCAAGACUUUGUAAAACGAAUUGUUUGUUUGGCAAGUAAAAGUGUCAAAAUUGGGAAUUCGUUUGGUGAGCAAGUUUUUAGCUUUCUGGUUGAGUUUGCAAGAGACUCGCGUCCGCGGACAGGUGUCACAUUUCGUGCAAAGUUGAGAGCACUUUGUGUAAUCCAGCGCUUGAGUCAGUUAUAUCGUGCUGCUGUGGUACGAAUCGUGGAUUCCAAGUACAAUGUCGAAAAUACCGACUCGUUCUUGAUAGAGCUGGUAGAAUAUCGAAAACACUGCACUCAUAUGGUUACUUUUGAAGAACAUCGUGUACCGUACGAUAUGGCAUACUUGUUGGAAUGUGAUAAAGAGGUGCUCACGCGCAGUAUUCUUCAAAGAUUUUCACUACAUGAGCCUUGGGUGCUACAAUGUGCUAGUCAUCUCAUGCUUGAGUUUGGAAUUGAAGCGCUAGAUCUUUGGGAGGAUGUCCUGACAAACAUGCUGCAGUUGGGAAUGAUUCGAUCUCUUCAUGCAAUUCUAGAAGCUUUGAGCUCAAAGGUGUUUGUACGCUCACUCAAGUGUGGCCGGCAUGUAUGGGAAAAAGUAUUGAUCUCUCCCCUAUUUUUUCUGAAAGAUAGACUUCAACAUCAGUCGACAUCUGGACAAGACACGAGCGAAUGCGAUAGGUUAUCAAAAUUUAAACAUGAGAGAAAUGUUGCUUCGCCGAGCUUUGCUGGAAUACCCAUCGUCAAUAUCCGUUGUGUCUUGGAAAGAAUGGUAAAGUUGCUUCAAAGAUGCCCAUUUCUUGACCAGAUUGACGUACCUGCUAUCGUUAAACAUGUUCGAGAUCUUGCUACUUUAGCCGAAGAUGAAGCGAAUGGGGCAGAGAUUGCUCGACAAAUUGAUUUGAAUGGCUGUGGGAUCAAGUGUGCUAUGGUCAUUCCACAGCCACUAGCUCGAUAUGAGUCUCUUGUUGAGUAUAUCCAUGCCAAAGCUUACGAUUCGGUAUAUAAUGAGUUGCUGGAAAACUUUUGCUUCAUCGAUUGCAAACCCGGUAUCGACAAUAACGAUGAAGAAAUUGGACACGAUUACCGCUUGAUCCAGAAAUGCUUUUCAGAAGCUGCAAAACGAAAAGACUAUGCGUUUAUCAUGAACACUCGAUUAGAGACUCAAUUUAUUGAAUAUUUGGCCGCAAAUGCCAGCAUCGACUAUCUGGUCUCGUUAUUAUUGGCUGACGAGCGCAUGGAGGCAGCUUUAAAGGCGGUGGAGUUCUAUUAUAAGUAUCACCCAUCAACAGCCCCGUCAAUAAAGAAAAGUGCUUGCUUUGAGUCUGAUAGUAAUCAAGAGGUAGGAGCUUCUAGUCUCACACGCUGGGAAAUACUGGACGCGUACUUGGCUUCUUCAACGUCAGAACAUCUGACACAGUAUCAAGCGUCAAAACAAUUUUGUGAAGAUGAAUGA